AUGCCCGCUUCUUCGGAAGAAUUUGCGCGGGUUGCGCCGGAGGUGUGCGCGAUGAUCCAGGCAUGGAUCGCGCAUGGAGAGGACGCGACCACUCCGGCGAUACCAGAGAGCACGCCGCAAGCGCUGCGCAAGCGAAUCGAUGCGGCGUGGCCGAUGCAAGGCAUGGACGACGCUGCGCUGCUUGGCACGAUGCAGCUGCUGCUUGAAAACAGCAUAAACCCAUGGACCGAGCGGUUCAUGGCCAAGCUGUACAGUGCGCCAAGCAUUGCAAGUGUCUGUGGCGAGAUGCUGCUUGCGGCAAUGAAUGCAAGCGUGCAUGUCUACAGCGCAUCGCCCGCGCUGAGCACCGUCGAAGACGCCUGCGCUGCGCAGCUCGCUGCGCUGUUCGACUUUGCGGAGAAUGCUGAUGGGAUCACGAUGCCGGGCGGCGCCGCUUCCAAUACCCUCGCAGUACAGACCGCGCUGUGCGCUGCCUUCGACGGCACAUACAGGCGCGACGGCGUGUACGGCCUUGUGGAAUACCUGCACCGAAACGGACGGCAAGGACGCGGCGCGCGCCCUGCUCUUCUCACGAGCGCAGCGAGCCACUUCUCUCUGGACCGUGCCGCGCUUGCAGCGGGCCUCGGGAUGGACGCCGUGGUACAUGUGCCCGUCGACGCACACGACCGGAUGCGCGUGGAUGCGCUGGCCGCGAUUCUCGACGCAAUGACACGCGAUCCCUCGCACCCAAACGGCGCGCCGUUUUUUGUGAACGCGACGAGCGGUACGACGGUGCUUGGUGCGUUUGACGACAUUGAGGCCAUUGCACACGUCUGUGCCAAGUACCACUGCUGGCUGCACGUCGAUGCGUCGUGGGGCGGCGCUGCUGUGUUUUCGCCCGCGCAGCGCAGCGCGUUGCUGCGCGGAAGCGGCAUGGCAGACAGCAUCACAAUCAACCCACACAAGCUGCUGUGUGUGACGCACCAGUGCUCGUUCCUCUUGGUGCGCGAUGCCCGCGUUCUUCGCGAGCAUGCGAUCCACGCGGGCUAUUUAUUCCACGAGCGCGGCCCUGUCGUGGACCAUGCGAUGAAGACGCUGGGGUGUGGGCGGCGCGGCGAGGCGCUCAAGCUUUACCUGACGUGGUGCCGCCAUGGAACGGCGGGCCUCGCCGCCCACAUUGAUGCAGGCCUUGCCGUUGCGCGCCACGUUCUCGCGCAAAUCCAAGCGUGCCCACUGCUGGAGCUCGGGCCGCUCGCGGAGCCCCUUUUUUUGCAAAUCUGCUUCCGCCCGGUGCAGUACGGCUCUGCUACGGGCUCUGCAGCGACGCACAAACUCCACGCGGCGCUCCAAGCCGAGCGCCAGUUUGCCGUGGACUUUGCGCCGACCGCGCAGGGCGAUUUUAUGCGCCUCGUCGUCCAUCCGCGCACGCCGCAGCACAUUUUCAGCGCGCUUCUCGAGCGGAUUCUCGCGCUGCUUCGUAGUGAUAUGUAA